AUAAAUAAUCAUUGGUUGACGAUUCUCAAUCCUCCUCCCGAGUAUUGUUAUUAGUAUCUCGCGUGGUUCUCAGGCAGCUCCACAUUUCUCUCUCUCGCGCCAGCAGGAACACAGUUUCUCUCUCUAGCGCCUGCACCAAAUCUAUCCUUCCAAGAUAUCAAAAGCAAGAAAGGGAAAUGGGGUUGACAUUCACAAAGCUUUUUAGCCGGCUUUUUGCCAAGAAGGAGAUGCGUAUUUUGAUGGUUGGUCUCGAUGCGGCUGGUAAGACCACCAUUCUGUACAAGCUCAAGCUUGGAGAGAUUGUUACUACCAUUCCUACCAUUGGCUUCAAUGUGGAGACUGUCGAAUACAAGAACAUUAGCUUCACUGUGUGGGAUGUCGGGGGUCAGGACAAGAUCCGCCCAUUAUGGAGGCACUACUUCCAGAACACUCAGGGUCUCAUCUUUGUGGUGGAUAGCAACGAUAGGGACCGUGUUGUGGAAGCAAGGGAUGAAUUGCAUAGGAUGUUGAAUGAGGAUGAGCUGAGAGAUGCUGUACUACUUGUUUUUGCAAACAAACAAGAUCUUCCUAAUGCAAUGAAUGCUGCUGAAAUCACUGACAAGCUUGGCCUACACUCGCUCAGGCAGCGCCACUGGUACAUCCAGAGCACUUGUGCCACCUCCGGUGAGGGACUCUAUGAGGGACUUGACUGGCUCUCCAACAACAUUGCGAAUAAGGCAAGUGGUCACUAACAUUCAUCUCAUAAUUUUAAUUGAAAGAGUUUUUCAAAUAGAGCUUCGUUUUAUCAGUUAUUUUGUCGGAUUCUGACGCUUCUAAACUAUUACAGGCUUAGAGCUUUUUGGAGUUGUUUAUGCGAGAGCUAAUACUUGAAACUGUCGAGGUUUAUCUAGUUUUUUCUUAACCAUAUAUUGCUUUGAAA